GCUAUCGCCUACACCUGCUGCACUUUAGCGUCUGGUUUGCCAUAAUAGUCCAGAUUUAGGAAAUAAGGGAAAGUAACAGCGGGAGUUCGCGACAAAUACUAGACAAAAUUCCACCUCGGUGUCAGGUUAUCGCUGGGGAUGUUAGGCGAUUUUUCUUUCUGUUUAUAUGAGCUGUUAUUGACGUGGGUGAACCAAGCGGAGACCCGCUCCGCGGACCGGGGCGCACAUUCACUCACUGAACAAAUCGAGCAUUGAGCGUGGACUCUAUCGCACACGCCGUGUAAGCCGAGAGCGCUUUGUGUCUUUCAUUCAUCCCGGUGAAGGCUGCCGCUUCCCCUCACACUUUCAGCUCGUCCUCCUCCUCCUUCCCCUCUUCCCUCACGCCGGGAGAGAACGACUCUCCGUCUGAUCUCCGCUGUGGCUUUACGGUCCGAGUUAAGUGGAUGAUAUCAACAGAGCUCGGCGCUCCUCUUACCUCCUGCGCGGCACCGCGGACCAGACAAGUCGCCGGGGGAACAAGCGCAGCACGACGUAAAGCAUUGGAAAAAGGAGUUUGUUAUUUUUUAUUUUUCAUUUUCUCAGAAGGCACGACGCGGUUUAAAGCGAGGUAUACGGUAGAAAUAUCUAUCUGGAUGAAGCGGAGUCUCCCUGAGUUCUGACGGAUUUUAAGGAACAGGUGCGAUACAGGAAUACAGACAGGACAGCUGGCGGAUGGUUGUCGGUUUCGAGGAGAGAAGUCUCUGCCUCUGCGCAAGGUUCAGAUGAAGAUGAAGUCUGUGGGCGUCGUGGAUGGAGGUUUAUUCACAGAGAGCUAUUGCAACAUCUGCAAUGCUCAGCUCAUCUCCGAGUCCCAGCGCACCGCUCACUAUGAGAGUAAGAAACACGCUAACAAGGUGCGUCUGUUCUACAUGCUUCACCCUGAAGACGGAGGACCACCUUCCAAAAGACUGAGGCCAGAUAACCCAGACUGUGCAGAAACAGAAGUAGACAGAAACAAGUGCUGUACCUUGUGCAACAUGUUCUUCACCUCCGCCAUUGUGGCCCAGUCCCACUACCAAGGGAAAACCCACGCCAAGAGAGUGCGCCUAGUACUUGGGGAACCACCAAACCUACCCACAGCCAUAACCAGCCCUAGAAACACAGAUUCCUCACCUUCCACCCCGCUGCCCACAGACCCCAACACUUCCCCUGCCUUACCCUGGCCAACGCCAGAGCUCAGUGGAAACGGUGGCAGAGAGGCUGGGAAGUACUGCUGCCUGUGCGGAGCCUGGUUCAACAACCCUCUGAUGGCCCAGCAGCACUACGAGGGGAAGAAACAUCGCAGAAAUGCUGCCAGGGCCCGCCUCCUGGAGCAGCUAGCAGGCAGUCUGGAUGCCACAGAGAGCACAGGGCUGCGCAGUAGUUACUCUUGCAGCGUCUGCAGUGUGGUCCUUAACUCCAUCGAACAGUACCAUGCACACCUCCAGGGCUCCAAGCACCAGAACAACCUAAAGCAACACCAGCAGUAAGUCAGACCACACGGGAUAGAAGAAGCAACGAAGACAGAUUGGGAUAAACAACUUCAGAAAAAAAGGACUUCGUGCCAGAAAGUAGUGCAGAUUAACUGCAGUGUCUAUGCUUGCGUGCGUGUGUGGGUGUAUGUGUGGGGGUGUGCGUGUAUAGGUGUGUGUUGUGGGUAUCUAUGCACAUAUCUAAAGUGAGUGUAUGUAGGGAAUAACGGUGUGUUCAUUUCAGUAUUCGAGGUACAUUCAGCACAUUGUGUUGGAUUGUUGAACGGUCUGAACGAUCGUCAGAAGACUUGCAACUGAGGAUUACCACGUAGCUCCUCUGUGAACCACAAUCAUAAAUUAAACUGAUGUCACUGCAUUACCCAGACUGGUAAUAAUCAUUAAGUUGAUCGCCACAUUACAGGAGUACUAAUAACUCUGUGACUAGUGGUGACCCAUGUGUUCUGACAGUGAUCUGAGUCUGGAUACGAUCCUUUAUGUCUUUGUGUUUCUAAUACAGUGCCUUGCAAAAGUAUUUAUACGCUUUGAACCUUUUCAGAUUUUCUUACAUUAAAACCACAAUCACAAAAGCAUUUAUGACAUGUUUAAUAUAAUGUUGUGAGUUGGAGGAUCUCAAAACUCUGACAUCUUUUUCUUCAGCUCCAGUGACUCUAUACCUUCCUCUACAGUAACUACUUCAAGUCCUGUGGGUCAUAUCACUAUCUGCACAUCCAGAGGGAGAAGCCUUUACUCAAUUUUGUUUUCUAACUAGCUCAAGCUCAGUCAGAUUUGAUGGGAUGAAAUUGAACGUCAUAUUCAGUAUAUUAGAAAAUGUCUUCUGAUGUGCAUCUGUUGAAAAUAACAUUGAAGCAUCGAACAUACUUUUCAUUAAGUCCACAUUUCUGUAUCAAAAAUGUUUUUUCUAUUGGUCUCAAGUACAAUUCUAAAAUGUCAUGUUUUAAUUAGUUAAAGUCAUACAAAAAAACUCAAAAUGAAUAGAAAUAAAAGCUUGGUAACAUCAGUGUGUGUGUAAUUAAUCUACUUUUUUAGUGAAAGUUACUACUACUAAAGUUUGCUACUGAAAAAAAAUUUACUUAAAAAUGUUCUGAUUUAUUGGAUAUGACUGUAUUUAUAAAUCUUGACACAGGUACAGUAUGUAUGUACAGUAUAUGUGCAUGCCACACUUCUCAGUUUUAUUUGCAAACAAUUUUGAAAGCCAUCCGUUGUUUUUCUUCUACUUCACAAUUAUGCAGUACUUUGUAUAGAUUAAUCAUAUAAAACCUCAAUAAAAUGCAUCGAAUGUUACAGUUCUGACAUGACAAAAUACGAAGAGCUUGAAUGUGUACGACUGCUUUUGCAAGGCACUGUAAUGCAGCGAUGGGUUUGAUGAUGGUCAGGCUGUAUGCACGGUUCACUUUCAGACCACUUGAAACUUACUCAGGCCCAGACUUUAAAGUCUAAGAGCAAGAAAAUCCCCUGUGACCUCAGCCACGACUGACUGCAUGACUUGCCAUAGCUUCAAACAAAGAAAUGUUUUUGUUUUGAACAUAGCAAUGCCUGUCAGCGUGCUGGAUUGGUCUGUUUUCAAUAUAUGUCUCCCUCCUAAUCAGAAUCUGGAGAAAAAGGGUAAACGAGCAAAGAGACUCUGAGUUUUACUGUUGAUGAGAGUCUGUGAAUCAUCUACUGUUGAAAACAUUCCCACUGCACUAAGUAUUGAUGUCAAAUGCAGGUUGGAGGUGACAGAAGCUCUCUCUGUAAAGGGCAACAUGUAGAUAAUAUUUCUAUAUUUUUUUGGUUGCUAUAGCCAGAGGAAAACAAGCUUCCCUCCCUAUUCAUGUAGCACCUAAUACAACGGGGAUUGUUUUCGAUGCAUGCAACCAUUGCAUUGAUUUGACUUUUUUCGAGCCUACGUAUUGCGUGUUUUGACUGUAGUGCUGCUUUUUAGGAAUCGCUUUGUAAUGCAUUACAGCACAUGCUUGCAAUGGAACUUAAAGGUCACUUUCAGAAGUGAUUUAUUCAUCCCACAAAGAAAAACAGUUUGAUACUUAGAUAUUAGACCUGUCACUGCAGCAUAACGGCCUUGUGUUGUUUCUUCUGCCUGGGAGUUUUAAUAGAGGAUUCGAAGCUUCUUUCAGUGAACAAAGAUGGGAUGUAAUAGCAAGGAGAAUAGAAGUCACUCUUAUUUUUCUAUCAGCUUAUGGAAGAACUAAGAAGAAAUAUCCUGAGCUGUCACAGUUCCAGGAAAACGUUUACAUACACUCAUCAUUGCCAUCUUUUCCCCUUUAAAAUCUAUAUUUAAGCUGAACUGAUCAAACUAAAUUAACGGUACAUGGGUGAACAAAUUUACUGUUUAUUGUGGAUUUUCUUAGAUCCAGAUAUUGACAGAUUCAAAAAUAUACAUUUGAUCUCAUUAAUAUUUGGUCAUAUUUUGGUUAGAAUAUUGCACUUCGAGAAUAUCCUCUUUCUAGCCAUCAACACACUUCUUGCAUAAUUCUCGCUUGAUGUUGGGCGUCUGUUUUUUUUACAGGAUUUCUGGAUCAGCUUAAAAAAUAGUCUGUUCCUGUUUGUUUUAUCCACUUAAAGGACAGGCUAAAAUGCAUAUUUGGUAUAUUUGUUGAAAAAUUGCAGGGCAGUCUUCUUCACUAUUUGCACUGAUUUCUUUUUUUUUGUAUGUUUGUCACACUUCAGACCAAUUUAAAUAUAGUCAAUGACAACACAAGUAGGCUUUAAGACAAAACGCAGUUUUUAAUGGAGAAAAAAAAUGCAAACCUACAUGGUCCUGUGCAAAAAAGGUUUGGUUUUUUUCUCCGUUAAUUCUAUUUCCACCACAGCCGAGACUGUGUGAAGUUUGAGACCUUCAUGUUGACUCCUCCAAAUGUUCGCACCACUGUAGUUAAAAUAGCUUCAGCUUAGUCUUUGUCUCCUCAGACGGCAACACUUCAGAAGGUAUUAUAGAACAGCAGUGUCUUUCUUGGUCGACAUCUAUUCAUUGAAUAAAUGUAAAACUCUCUUUAGUGAAACUGGUGCUCCAGUAAUUUUCAGUUCCAGUUCAGUGAAUAUCCAAACAAAAUUAUGUCAGAAACGUGUUAUUAGCUAGAUAAAGCCUGUUAAGAUACAACUUGUUAAGGAAUAUUUGACUGUGUGCAUAUUAUUAAGCCCGUGUCUAUAAUUUUGACAAUUUUCAGAUUAGAAAAAUAAAAUCAAAAGUUGUUCACAUAUUUCUUGUUUAUAAAAUAUAAUAGUUUGUUCAUAAUCAGCAGUGGUUCUUGCAUGAAUGCUGCACUUCGCACCCACUUGCCCACAACAAUUUUAGUUUAUCAGAAAAACAAAGAUUAAUUAGUUAAUCUAUUUGACACUAGUUUGGUACUUUACAUGUGACACAACUAAAUCAGUAAGUACAUUAGAGAUGAUUAAAUAUGUGUCAGAUUCUUUAAAAAAAAACUGUAAUAGCUCUGUAACUUAGUACUAACUUUGAGAGUCAUUGGUCAGCAGUGUGACGCAACCAUAUUUUAUCACAGUUCUUCCAUGAUGUAAAACAUCAGUGGAUGCUCCUUACAUUACUCACAUAGAAUUGGGGAAAAAGGGAAGUAAUUUGACAAUAUUUUCUUUUCCUCUUUUUAAUGUUAGUGUUGCCUGCCUCCAGGUCACACCGUCUAGGUGGGGACAAGCGAUUAACGACAUUGAUGCUAAGAUAAGUGUAUGUAAACUUAAAAGAUUGGAUCUACAUUUUGGUUUUAACGGUGUGAAAAAAGUUUUUUAAAAAAUGUUUCUUUUUUCCCUUUUACAAUGAGCAGCGUUAACCACUCUGAACCUUUUUUGGAAAGUUUUCCAUCUGAGAUGUGGGAGAGUUCCAAUUUUUUAUGCAAUUAUGCCGUAAGAUUAACAACCGUAGAGUGUGGGCUUGAAAUGAGAUAUUUAUAAAAAAAAAAAGCAGUGUGUGUUCUUUAACAAUAGCACCAGGUGAAACUUGUGUUUUGAAAAGAAGAGUUUUGUAUUUAUAGUGUUUAUCUGCACUGAGCCAAGAGUGGUAAUGUUUCUUAUUCUAUUAAUGAGAAUUAUAAUAUGCAGGCACUGGAAUAAAAUCAUUUGAUGAGUCGUGUUUUUAUGUUUUUCUUUUUUGUGGAAAUAAUAACCUGAAAAAUGUGAUGAAGGACCAAAAGGCAGCAAAUAGCUGUGUGUUUGCUAGUAGGAUUUAUGAUGGGAGAUAUUUUUAUCAUGAAAUAUGCAGUCCUCGUGAUAAAUAUACCCGCAUAUAAUCAGAAAACGUUUUUUAAAAAAGAAAAGAUUCAAGAUACAGCUGGAUUUUUUUUUUUUUUUAUUAUGUGCAUCAGACUGUUUUCAUGUAUACUUACUGACUGCUCUCUCCUGCACUGGUUUACUCACAAUAGAUAUGUGUCAAUAUCUCAGCCAGUGCAAAAGGCCAACUGUGCCAUGAGUCACAUACUUUAGUAGAUGUUACAUAAUAUGUGAGAGAGCUUCAUCUAUGAGUAGAAAUUGUGUGAUAAAAUGCUUUUCAGUGGGUGUCAGAAUGUGAAGCUUUUAGCUGCACUGACAGUGAGAGACUCUUUAUUAGAUGUGUACUGUAAGCACAUUUGUAAACACACCUGAUGAUGAAUACAAUGAAACUGACAUCUAUAUCUGUCA